AAGUUGUUCCUUGAUUGUUGUUGUGUUCAAUUCAAUUUGAUUGUCGUUUUAAUUUUUUCCACUCGUUUUUUUUUUCCAAAUUCACUCAACAAUUAAUCAACAAUGUAAUGGAUUAUCUUAACCAUUGGAAUCUCGGUGAAUUAUUAGUAUUCCAUUAGAAUGAAUUAACUUUUACUUUCUUUGUCUCCACUUGUCUCUGUGUUUAUUUUUUUCUAUUCUCUUUCCAUUUUUUCCUCUUCUUUUCACCUUCUUCUCUUCAUGUGUGUUUACCUUUGUUUUUUAUUCUUCUUUUAAAAUAUUCUCUUAUGUGUAAUGUUACUUUCACUGGAUAAAUGACCUACCAAAAACACCAUAGACAACAAGAGAAACAACAACAACAACAACAACAACACGAUCAUUACCAUCGUUAACAAGAAUCAACUAUACAAUCAAUAAGUCGUCAAUUUUUUUUCUUCUACAUAUUAAGUUUUAAGAUUUUGUUCGGAAGAAAAGAACAAAAAUUUUAUUCUCUUUUUCUUGGUUUUUUAAUUGUUUCUAAUUGAGAAAACAAAGCGAAACAAAAUGUCUCUUCCAAAGUGUGCCUUUACCAAGGAAUUUAAUUUAUUCUUAUUUACUUGGGUUGUCCUUUCAACCUUCACUUUUGUAUAUUCACAUGUUUCUCUGACUUUUCCCAGAGCGAGAAAAUAUGAUUUCGAUUUUCUUGACAAUGGACGGACCAAAGGUCCUUGUGGUAUGCCCAAAGGUACUGAAACAACGGCUUUACCCGCUGGUGUACAAUUUAAUGUUACUUGGCAUUUAGCUUAUCCUCAUCGGGGUGGAUUUCGAUUAGAGUUAUUGGAUCCCAAUGAGAGACUAUUAUUAAAUUUAACUCAAUCAAAUUUAACAGAUUAUUGGAUUAAAGAUGGAGACGUAACAGCUCAAUCUUAUCCAGUCACAUUACCCAAAACACUUACCUGCCGUGGGUGUACCAUUAGAUUAUUAAGACAAGCCAGUGAAUGGGGAGAUAAAUAUACUUUCUGGAGCUGUGCUGAUGUAGAUAUCAUACCUGUUACAUCAAUCAUAACGAGUAAGAAUGCCGUUUGUUCAGGCAAUGGGAAAUUCAAUAUAACCGAUGGUAAAUGCCAUUGUAAUCGAUUCUAUUCUGGAAUUGUGUGCCAAUUUUUAGAUGAAUGUUGGACUGACGAUGAUUGUGGUAAUCAUGGUAAAUGUAUUCGGAUCAAUACAACUUAUCCUACUAGACAAUGUUAUUGUAAAGUUGGUUGGUUUGGUGAAAAAUGUUCAAAAGAAUCGACAAUCAAAUCAACUGAAGUUGAUUUAAAGAAUCAUUUUCAUCGACAAUUAACCCAAGGUUAUGAUCUUUAUUGGAGGAUAAUUAAAGAGUCGGAAGAAAUUGAAAUUGUUCUUAAAGUUCUGGGCAAUGGUUAUGCUUCAGUUGGAUGGAGACCUCAGGAUAUCUCUUCGUCUUGUAAAGCUUUUCCUUACAUCAUUGAUACAAAUGUUCCUGUGGUCAAUAUUGACCCUAGAAAUUCAUUACCACCUUCAGCUAAUUCAGCUAAUUAUGAGACUCGACGUGCUGAUAAUUUACCUAAUGAAUCGGCUCCAACUUUCAAGAAAAUUAAAGUUUCUUCCCCGGGAAUGUUGAAUUCUGGAACCAGAAUUUUACCUGAUGGUAGAUUAACUAAUUCUAGUGGGUCAAGGCAACCGAAAAGCUCUGACAAUAUUUUGGGAACUGUUUCAUCAAUAUCAACGACUUCAACUGGACAUGCUGUACCUGAAUCUGCUGUUACAGUCUCUACAUCUGAGCCAAGUUCAAGCUCUGCGUCAAGUGAACCUGAGCCUGUACCAGAGGCGGAAGCAUCUCCAGAACCGAAAUCUGUCCCUUCCGAUGAUUCAUCUAAUCUCAAAUCUGAAACCGAGCCAGAAUCCAAGGUAGAGCCUAAAUCUGAGCCAGAAAUCGCAUCUACUAGCAAACCUGAGCCUUCUUCAGAACCAGAACCUAAAAACGAACCUGAACCCUCAUCCAUUGCCGUUGAAUCUCAAACAGUACCUUCGUUUGCAGAACCAGAGGUUAAACCAACAGAAAGAGACGCCAAGUCAAUUGAAUCUAUACCCGAACCAGAAUCUGAAGUGAAACCCACUGUUGAACCCGCAACUAGUGAAGUUGAACCAGUCAAGAUUGAAGCGAAACCAGAAUCUGAACCGAUCGAUGAACCAGCACCAGAGGCAGAGCCUAAAGUUAAACCAGAACCGGAACCAGAAUCAGAACCUAAAGGUGAUAAAUCUGACAGUGUUUCCGUUAAACCUGAAGAAGAACCCAAACCAGAGACAAGUUCAUCAACUGACAAAUCUCAAUUCCAUCCUGGUAGUUUCGCACCAGUAGACCUCGAUUCACCAAUAAGAAUUCGUAGUAAACGACAAUCCGACUCCGAUGUGAGUGUUGGCUCAUUCGCGAAUGUCGGUGCUGCUCCAGCAAGUAAAAGACGAGCUACCGAUGGUUGGACAAAAUCAGAUUAUCCUCCAGUUACUGAUUAUACACCUAAAUUUGAUUUCCACCCAAUGGAUUGUAAUGAUAUUGUUAUCGGUUCAGCGAUUGGUGAAUAUGGUCGAGUUUUGGACUAUUAUACUCGAGAUCGAUCCACACCUCGAGUUGACUCCUUGUUCGGUGGGAAAAAUGAUCUUACCGGUGCAACGGCUUUUGAAUCUGAUGGAUUGACAACAAUAAUUUUCCGUAAAAAAUUGAUUGCUGAUGAAUUGACAGAUCAUAGCAUUUUAAACAAAACAAUGGACGUUAUUUGGGCCAAAGGUCAAGAGCACAAGAAAUAUGUCCACUCACCGCCCUCUGGUCUUGAAGAGGGUAAGGCCAAAAAUCCAAACUUUUAUGGUUCCGAUGAGAUUAAAUACCAUGGACAUGGAGGUCAACGAGGUAAAUUACAGAUCAACUUUUACGAAGAGCCCAUGGUCAAUGUUACACCAAAAUCGGCUGUAAUUCUCAACAGUACCGAUAGUGAAAAUAGUACCAUAGAUGUUAAUGGUACAUCGAUUGAAUCGUUACCUUGUAAUGGUGAAUAUCGUUACCCAAAAGAUUGUAAAAGUCGAAAGUGUGACUACAUUUUUACCUGGAAGUACAAUGAAGACUUUGAUGGGAUUGAUUUUGGUGUUUCUGCUAAGCGAAUCGAUAAAUGGACUGGAAUUGGUUUCUCGAAAAAUAAAUUAAUGCCCAAUACUGAUGUGGUUAUCGCUUGGGUUGAACCUGGUGGACGUUAUCUAAUGAUGGACGCUUGGAUUGAUGGCUACUCUCAACCUAAACCUGAUACUCGUCAAUCUAUUUUCAAUAUUUCCGCUUUAAAUGAAAAUGGCCUGAUCACUUUUAAAUUUUCACGAAAAAUUAACACACUUGAUACACGACACGAUCUCUCAUUAAAUGAUUGUGUUCACUUUGUUUAUCCAGUUUCUGGUGGACCUGUUGAUUCAUCAAGGAAAAAUAUUCGUAAACAUUUACAAGCCCCAUUAAUUAGCGAUUCUAACAUUUGUUUCGGUAAAUGUCGACCUGCUGAAUCUACACCUGAACCGAAUGUUAACAAGCCAAUCGUCAAACCAGAGCCUGGUGUCUCCUCUAAACCUGAGCCAUCACCAGAGCCUAAGCCUGAACCUAAGCCAGAGUCUGAGCCUACUAAACCUAAACCGGAACCCGAAUCACCGGUAUCAGAACCUGAUCCAAAGGCUGAACCGAAACCUGAGCCUGAAUUGAAAGCCGAUUCUAAACCUGAACCUUCUGCUGAACCAAAGCCUGAACCAGAAGCUGAACCUGAAAAUAAGAUUGACACUCGUUAUGGAACCGUUUGUUCAGGUGAAUGGAAAUAUCCUUCCAACUGUACUGGUUAUAGUUGUGAUUAUCAAAUUUCUUGGGAAUACAUGGAUGACAAUGAUGAUAUCAUGUUUAACCUGCAAACUAAAAACACAAACCGAUGGACUGGAAUCGGUUUUUCCAAUAACAAACUUAUGCCUCAAACUGAUGUGAUCCUUGGUCUAGUCGAGGAAUCAGGUCGAUUUUUCCUGAUGGACACUUGGCUAAAUGACUACAAUACUCCUCCAUUGGAUAAGAAGCAAGAUAUUCAUAAUUCCUCUGCUUGGCGUGAAAAUGGAAUAACUCACCUUAAAUUCCACCGAUAUCGAAAGACCAACGAUCCCAAAGAUUUUGAGUUCAGUGACAAUGCUUGUCCAUACUUUGUGUUCCCAAUUCGUGGUGGUGUUUUCAAUGCAGUUAAUAAGCGUAUCCGAAAACAUGAAGCAGUUCCUAUCAUUUCUGAGGAUCGAGUUUGUGUCAAAUCUUGUAAACCCAAACUUCCUUCAUCUCCUCCUCCACCUCCACCACCUCCUUCUCCUAUUCCCGUUUCUUCAUCACCCAAACCAGAACCUGAACCUGAAGCAGAAGCCAAACCAGAGCCCAAGCCACCCCUUAUCGAAACGGAACCAAAACCAGAGGUGUCGCAGUCUGAGAAACCCGUUGAAUCUAAACCACCACAAGUUGAAAAGACAACUCAACCAGCUGAAUCAAGUUCACCUCUUCCCUCUUCAUCCACCACCAGCACUACGACCAGUGCUCCUCCAGAUCAAUCUUUUACUACAAUAAAAUCGACUGACAAUGAAAUAGCCGAUGAGACGAUGGUUGUUCUUGAAAUUAAGAUGCCAAAUGCGUGGAAAUCAUCUCUUGGUCAGAGAAAUUCAGCCGAUUAUAGAAAGCUAAUGACAAAAUUGGAAGACCAAUUGGAAAAAGAAUUGGUCGACAAUGGUCAAGUACCUAAACAGAUCGAAGUUACCGAUAUUUCUGGUGUCGGUGAAAACGGUGUCCUUGCUACUGUUAAAGUAGAAAUUGCCAAUACUACCGAAUCAAGAGCUCGAUCUGAUAAACCAAUUGUUAGCAUUCGAGAAGCUCUCAACGAGACAAUUAAAGACGGAAAAGUUGGUAACCUAAUCGUUGAUCCAUCUUAUCUAAUUUUCAAAUCUCCAGAUAUUAUCGAUGUCUCCAAUGAAUCAAAUGAUACAAAGAAGGCUGGUCUCAGCUCGGAACAAUUAACUUACCUUGCCAUAAUUGUCGGUCUUUCUAGCUUAGUAAUUUUGUGUAUCUCUCAAGCUUUAUGUAUGGUUUGGAGGGAUAAAAGUAACAAAGAAAAAAAGAUGAAGGAAAAGGCAAUGGUCAAUUCACAUUACAAAGAUUAUUCAGCAACUACAACAAGUAGCGCUUAUAGUUAUGAAAAUUUUGCCGUUCAGGAUGAUCCCGAUGGUGUUGGGUAUAAGCCGAUGAAUGGUGGUAGUGGUAUUGGUGGUGGUGGUAAAUCAAAUGGAAAUUUAAAAUCUGAUUUAGGAAAUGGUAAAAAGAAAGGGUCUAAAGGUUCAACCAAUGGUCUAUCAAAUUACAAUAGUGCAACCGUUGAUCGUAGCGAUUCAAAAACAACCUCAACUUUUGGUUAUCCAAGUGCCUAUGCAACUCAUGAUCGUAAAGACAACAACACAUUCCGUUACAUUAGUCAACCACAGCCAUUAACACCGGACUUUUAUUUUAUGCCACAUCAGAGACGAUACUCUGGUGAGGUUGUCCGAGUCUUUGUCGAUUACAAUAAUCCACAAUUUAUGCCUAAAUAAAAGGGUCUACCUUUCUAAUCUUUUCCCUUUUUUUUCAUCCCAAUUGUUGUAUAAAUUACUUUAUAAUUAACCAAUUAAGCUGAGCAUUCAUAUUGCUUGCUGGCAAUUAAUUGAAUAAAUUAUGUUUCCUAUCUAAACAAA